AAUUUAGGUCACACGAAACUAAAUUAAUCAUUGCAGCUCAUUGGAAGGCAUCCAUAUGGAAACAGUGGAGCAUGUGUUUUUUUUAAAUUUUCCCCAAAUAUUUAAAUGAGAGACACGUAUUAAGGACUCAUUGGAAACAAAAAGGGAGUAAACGCAUAGACUUUAAAAUAAUCUUCACAAAAACAUCUUCACUUACCUUAUAGCUAAAAGAUAUUAGUUUGAUAACCAGUAUAUAAGGAUUCCAUGACACAGCAGUGGGUGGUGAUGAUGCUCCGGUUGGUUGCAAUUCGGCCAUAAAACAAAGAAGAAGAAGAGGGCGGGAUUUACGUCACCCGGCCAAUCAGCAGACGGGUUGCAAAUUCUCUUCGCCGUGUCUUUAUGUCAGAAGUUCCCACCAUAGCGAUUGAUUGGAUCCAGAUCGAUGCCAAUUCAUCAGUACUGCAUGAUGAGUUCAUUGCUCACAGAGUGGGUCUCAUACCUCUCACAAGUGAUGACAUUGUGGACAAAAUGCAGUAUUCUAGGGACUGCACCUGUGAUGAUUUCUGUCCAGAGUGUUCUGUUGAGUUGACCCUGGAUGUUCGAUGUACUGAAGAUCAGACGCGUCAUGUUACCUCACGUGACCUUUUGUCCAACAACCCCAAAGUCAUCCCGGUUACUUCUAGGAGUCGAGACAAUGAUCCCAAUGACUACGUUGAACAAGAUGACAUUUUGCUAGUGAAGCUUCGUAAAGGUCAGGAACUGCGACUCAGGGCAUACGCCAAGAAAGGCUUUGGAAAGGAGCACGCCAAGUGGAACCCGACAGCGGGGGUGUCCUUCGAGUAUGAUCCAGACAAUGCCCUGAGGCACACAGUCUACCCACGACCUGAGGAGUGGCCAAAGAGUGAAUACUCAGAGAUUGAGGAGGAUGAGGUUCAAGCUCCGUACGACCCCAAUGGAAAACCAGAAAGGUUCUUUUACAAUGUGGAGUCAUGUGGCUCUCUGCGACCAGAGACCAUCGUCAUGUCAGCACUGGCCGUCCUCAAGAAGAAGCUGAGUGACCUGCAGACCCAGCUGAGCCAUGAGAUCCAGAGCGACGUGCUUACCAUCAACUGAGGUUAUCUCACUAACAGACCAGGACUUGCCCUCUCACAGCUUUGUAAUGAUCAGACGGCUGAUUUUAAGAUCACUGUUACGGUCACAUGGCGCACGUCCCAACAUUGUUUAUGGAAUUUAUGGAUUAUUCCAGCACCAGCAGUGAUUGUAAAAUAAAUUGGCUGUGCUAAGCUGUGCAGGGAGUUUGUCUCAGAAUGAUACAAAUUUUGUGUUGUUGAUAUCAGUGUAACACUAUCCAUUGGAUUAUUAUUUUGUUAAAUGUUACCUUUUAAAUAAAUCUGUUUUUGAGGAA